GUUUCUUCGCCGAGGCCCGUUUUCCGCCCGGACAGGACUGGGAGACGGACAGAUUCCGUUGACAUUGCCGAGGAGGAGGAGGAGGUGGAGGAGGACCGGUGUUACCAAACCUCAGGGUUUUAUAGAAGGGAGCCGCAGUCCGGUGGCAGCCCGCUCCUCAGCUGUGAGUCUAGCAUACGGCGGAGUCAUGUAUCGGCGGCCGCUGCAGUCCGCCGUCAGAGGCCUCAUUAACGGGACAGCGUCCAGGGCCGCCCACCGAAAGGCAUUAGAUCAAGAAGCCUGCUUUGCUAGAGCUUUAGCAGCCUGCCAGCUGGCCAGAGUCUCCUCAACCUGUUUAACACCAUGUCGGACUCUGCACAUCACCACGCAGCUCUGUAAUGUGAAGGAGACGCCCCAACACACAGAGGAAGAAGUCGGGGCCUUCACAAAGCUCAUUGAGGCCAUGGGCUUCACAGGACCGCUCAAAUACAACAAAUGGAAAAUCAAGAUCGCUGCCUUGCGCAUGUACACGUGCUGUGUAGAGCGAAUCAACUAUGACGAGUUCUUUGAAAAAUGCGCCCUCCCUGACACACUCAACUCUUGGUUCUUGGUAGCACAGCUGCAUGUAUGGAUGUGUUUGGUGCGGAUGCGUCAGGAGGGCAGAGCAGGAAAGUACAUGUGCCGUUACAUUGUCCACUCCAUGUGGGAGGAUGUAGAGCAGAGGAGCAAAAUCAUGGGGAUUGAGGCCAUCCAUAGAAAGGAAGCAAUGAAAGUGAUGACAGAGACUUUCUAUGCUGCAAUAUUUGGAUAUGAUGAGGGAAUCCUGUCUGAUGACUGUGUGCUGGCUGCAGCUCUGUGGAGAAACCUGUUCAAUCGUCAGUGUGAAGAUCCCAAACAGCUGGAACUCAUGGUGGAAUACGUACGCAAACAGAUGCAGUACAUUGAUGCCCUGGACGGGGAGGACCUGCUGCUGACAGGGGAGGUGAAGUGGCGUCCUCUGGUGGAGGAGAACGCACAGAGCAUCCUGAAGGUGGUCACACCCACGUACAAUGACACCGGACUGUGAGACGAACAGACAGACUCCAGUUUCCUCUGAUCCAAAGUCCUCCUCUGGUGUCCUCUUGUCUCACCUGCUUCACUUGUUGACCCCCUUCCCGCGUCUUUCUGCCCUCUAUGAUGUCUGGUUACUCCUUUCUCCGACCUAUGAUCGUGACAUUUUCCCUCCCAUCUCUCUCUACUCUUCUCUCCCCUCCGCUCGUGUCAUGUAAGGUGGGAUUUCAAGUUUGACAUGAGGUCUGUAGCUGUAGCUUCCUCAUCCUCCUCUUUCCUUCCUCCUCUCCUGAACAAUUUGUCCAACCAAAAGUCUGUUUCAGGAGGAGCAGUAUAAACAGGAUAGACAGUCAGGGAUUAUGUUUUUUUUUCGACCCGAUUUUUACACACGUACCCGUGCUUGUAGGCCCAUCAGGCAGCAAACCAACCAGUCCAAAAGCUGGAGAAUACUGUGCAUCAUCCUCCUCCAUAGUCGUCCUGUCGGUUUUGAGAGCAAAACUGAGGGAACAAAAUACUCUGUAUUUAUAUUUUUCUCAUUUUUUUCCAUGAAUGCCACGCUGUAUUUAUAAAGUAUUUUCUAUACUCCUGUGUGUUUACACUUUCCUCCUGCAGAGGUGUUAGCUGAGACUUCUGUCACUGCUCCUUCACUGUGCGUUGAAUAAAGUUUCACUCCAGGUGAAGUUAGGUGACGUGAAAAUAAUGGUUCCAGGAAACAGAUGCAAGAUUUCGUGAGUUAAUGGACCUUCUCUCUUUGUCAGAGGUCUGUAGUUCAACAGCUCUGCUCCUGAACAUCAACAGUCUGUGUGUUUCUCCGUUUGGCUCUCAUGAUGCUCUCAGACCCGACCAGGAGGCCGAGCCCUCGAAGACUGGGACGUCGUCACUGUGUUAAAAACCAUGCGUUUUUUUUUUUUGUUUGUUUUUAAGAAGUGGAUUAAUAAAAUGUUCUCUGGAUGUGCAAAGCUACUGA